AUGGAGUGUGAGUCACCGGCUUUAUCUCCUGUGGGAGGAGGCAGCUCGAAGCCGCCGGAUGGAAGCACCCAACAACCACACACAACCUUCAAAGAUAAGCUCAUGGGAGGGUCGCCUGGCCCUCAGCCCCAGCAGUUCGAGGACUUGAUUGAGAAGGGAAAGAUGAAAGUGGUCUAUGCUAACGAUAAUCCUUUACUGCCAAAGAUAGUGGUGGAUCGUGAGGUAAUAGAGAACAUGGUUUCCCCAUGGAAGAAUGCCCUGGUCAUCUCCCUGUUGGGAAAAAAACUAGGGUACAGAUUGAUGAAAAACAAGCUUAUGAGCUUAUGGAGGCUCUCGGGAGAAUGUGAUCUCAUUGAUGUAGACAAUGGCUUCUACAUAGUCAAGUUUGAUAGGGAGGUGGACAGAGAUAAGGUCAUUGGAGGCGGCCCAUGGAUGAUCUUCGAUCAUUACUUGGCAGUAUCUACUUGGAGCCCGGAGUUUAUUUCGCCGGCAGCCCGAGUCAAGAAGACUUUGGCUUGGAUUCGCAUUCCAGGCCUAAAUGUGGCAUUUUUUAAUGAGAGCUAUCUGCUGUCAGCUGCUCGUGUUAUUGGUAAACCAGUUAAGCUGGACAGAAGUACCCUCCGAGCAGAAAGAGGAAGAUUCGCUAGAAUCUGUGUGGAAUUGGAUCUGAAUAAACCAGUUAUUGGGAAGAUUUGCUUGGAAGAAUUUUGGUACAAUAUAGAAUAUGAAGGCCUCCAUGUGAUAUGUACCAAGUGUGGGUGUUAUGGUCACAGAACCAGAGAAUGCAGUGGCAUGGUGAUACCCGUAGAGAAACCAACUCCAGCAGCCUCCGCUAGCGUGCAGACGGCGGUAGGAAAUGUCGACGGCGGGGCCAUGGAGAUUCAGCAUGAGAGCGACCCGUUACCCCAGGAAGCGGUUUCAGAUUCAGGAGUUAAGGGUGGGGUCAGCAUUGAUGACGUGAUUGAAGUGGAGAGGCAAUCACUAAAUGCUAAUGAUGAAUCAGGCGUUGAGGCCCUUGGGGAAUGGAUGACAGUUGUGAAAAGAAAAAAAAAAGAAAAAGUCAACAAGCCAGAAAUCCAAGGAGACAGUGGAGAAUAA